AUGUUGCGGAAACGAGCCUGCGACUUGUGCUACUCGAAGAAGUCCACCAAGCGGAGCCCUAAGCCUAGGAUAGAAAACAGCGUGUUUGCUAUCGAGCAAAGCUUAUCCAGCCAGCUUGAGCCCAUUGACUUUGUCCUUGACAGGGUUAUGCUGGAACAGGGAACCUCCGUCACUACUUGUCUACCCUGGGUGGAGGAAUUCCUACCAGGACUUGGUGACAUCUUUUGCCGGGAAGCUUCUGAGCAAGAUGUGUUUCUUUCAUCGAUUCCCCUUACUUGCAACAGCACCGGCGACGAAGUGGACUGCCUCGAUCGAGAGACUGCCUGGAGAGCCCUUGACGCCUACCCCGAGUCGUCCGUCCGAUUUGUUCACCCGCUAAUGGACCCCGUCAUCUUUCGAGAUACCCUGGAAUUGGCAUUUUCACUCGAGGAAACUCCUAGACGAACUGCAGCCCAGGCGAGCGUCUUGGCUCUCGUCUCGACUAUGGGCUUCUUCGACGACCGAGCCCUAUCUCUGCCACGCUCACUCGAAAUGAAGUGUGCGUCCCGAGCUGUGUUUCUACUGGAGUCGACGAAUGGGAUAGCUAAUCUGAUGAGCCUUCGGGCUAUUUCCUUGCUGCGAUUCCAGAGCGCAUUUUCUGGGCAGAUUCCCGCUUCAGUUCGGAUGCAUCAAAUUGCCUGUCGUCUCGUCACGGAACUCGGAGGGCACAACAUGAGGCCCGAAGCAGGGGUCAACUACAACGAGACUGAGAUACGAGAGCUACGUUCUCUGUUCUGGGAGAGCUACAUUACCGACAAGGCCACCACCUUGCGCACCGGCAUAGAACCCUGUUUACCUGACAAUCUGUGUGACUUGACGCCCCCUGGCCACCUGAGCCCCUCUCUGGGGUGUUUCAACGAGGGACGCAUGCCUCCACCGCCAUACGGCGUACUGCCGCCUUGUCUGAUGGGAGAUAUUCAACUCAGCAUACUUAAAUCUAGGAUCUGGCAGCUUCUAUACUCGAACGAAGCGAGACAACGAUCCGAGGCGGAGCUCCUACGGGCAGUACGAGAGCUAGAUGGUGAGCUCGAAGCGUGGAGGAUGUGUGUGCCUGAAGAGAUACGACCGACGUUCUUAGUCGCCGAUAGGAGUCGCAUCUCGACACUCGAGGAGCUUGACCUCUCGCCUUGGGUGCGGCAUCAUGGCACUUCCCUGCACCUCGAGUACCACAACCUGUUUAUCACGAUACAUCAGGCGAGUGCGAGGUAUCAGUUCUCAAAGGGCUCGGAUAGUCUUGGGCAGGCAUGGGGGACUAGUGUUCAGUCCAAUAGAGUUGACCAGUGUAACUACAGGGUCUCCAUUCACUACCCGGUCGUCGCUCUGCGCACCUUGUUUGUAAACAUAGCGGCCAACCCUUCAGGACCAGAUGCAGAGUCAGAUCUCCGACUGCUCUGCUCCACGUCGGACUUGAUCAAGCGGAUGCCCAUGUCUGAAAAGAUGGUCGGUGGACAGGAGUAUAUCCAAAAGAUGGAAGAGGACGUUUCUGAGCUGGUGCAGUAUGUACAGAGUUUGACUGGUUGA